AUGCUAACCUUGUUCAUGGUACUCAAUCUGCUAAUGGCUGUUGCAAGUCUUCCUUUCAAGUAAGUUGCCAAAGAAUUACCCGGUAUGCAUAUAACAAAGACUAUUAGACAUCAUUACUCAAUUCUUUUUUGCUUUCUUAGCUUUACUCAUGGCAGAUUUAUAUGAGAUUACAAAACCAUGAUGUCAUCCUGAAGCUAAUCCAAGUUCUCUGUAGUGAUAAUCUGACUACUGCCUUACUUAGUCAUAUACCCUUCUAUUGUUUGCUAAAUUUAGAACAUAAGAUAUUUUACAUAAACUGUAAAUCCGCUGGUAAUCUGCGUUUAUUUCCAGAACGGAGUUCGCGAAUUCACCGACAUCACAAUGGAGUCAUGGUCAGCCAGAAGUUGUGUCAGCGCCGGAAAAGCGACGAUUAGUAGUUAGGGUACCCUUCGCCCAGAAUCCAGACUCGAUCCAACUCAGCCGGAUCUACAAGUCCCUCUUCACUCAGCAGAAACAAAAGAAACUAAAAGCAUUCAACUUUUCCUUGAGGAAUUUGCUGGACUGA